GAAGCUCCAGAAGAGGACUCGGACUCAGAUCCAACAGAAGUGGGACCAAUGCCGUAUAAUCCGGUCGCGGGUAAAGCAAUGGAUCCCAAAGAAUUCGGCUGUGCGCUGCGGCCCGGUGAAGGUAGUGCAAUGGCUGCUUCCAUUGAAGCCGGUGAACGUAUCCCUCGUCGUGGUGAGAUUGGGUUGAAAGCAGGAUAUGUGAUGUCAGGUUCAAGGCAUAGAAGAAUGAAUGCGGUGCGAAUCAGGAAAGAAAAUCAAGUUAUCAGUGCUGAAGAGAAA